AGUGAAAGAAUAUUGUCAUGCAAUCAGCAUAAUAUUGCUACUGCUGCAUAUUAUUCGGUUAAUGAGUCGUCUGUAUAUGUGGCAUUUGGAAUUGGAAUCCAUUCUUUAGAGGCCGUCCCUUCAUCGGUUUUGUGUAAGUUUACCAUACAGGAACUCUCAAGAAUGUUCACAUUUACUUAUGUGAGUUGUUUUUCACAUCUUCAAAAGGAUGGAUAUACACCUCCCCGCUGGAUUAACUGUGGAAAUGAUAGAUGCAACAUGAGCCCGGAUAUUUCGGCAGGCAGUAUUUGUUCAAGUAAACUACGCCUUUUAGAUGGAAUUGAAAGUCUAGAACCCAUGCAUGGAAUCCAAACCGAGAUCUACAGACACAAGAAGAAACUGUUUACAAGUGUUUUCUCAAAUAAAAUAACAGAAUAUCAAAUAGCUUUAUUAUGGAUUGGAACUAACGACGGGUACCUCAUAAAAGUAGCAAAUACUCCACCUUCUGACUCCAGGGUCGUCGCCGCAUUUGAUGUAACAAAGAAUAGAAGUAUAAAGAUUGAAUCUGAUGUAGAGGUGGUAGAGGGAGGGAAGUAUGCCUACAUUCUGUAUGGCAAUAAGGUCUCCAAAUUCCCUCUUGAUUCCUGUCAAAUACACACAAACUGUGGUGAUUGUGUGUUAAGUGGCGAUCCCUUGGAAUGUGGUUGGUGUAAAAAUGUUUGCCUUAAGAAAGACCAGUGCAACACCACGUGGUAUAAUGAUAGCUGCCCGCCAUUUAUACUCAAGGUUUUUCCUACCAGUGGACCAACAGAAGGUGGAACAAUUCUUACCUUGAAAGGAGAGAAUUUUGGAUCUCCGAAUCUUAAUUCUCCGAACGUAUCUGUUGGGAAAACAAAAUGUGAAAAUGUCACGUGGAAUGAUACGAAUAUUCAGUGUGUCCUUCCGAUGUCAAAAAACUUCACUGAUAUGGUUGUUGUAGAGGCAUUUUCUCAGAAUUCAACGCAUAGAUAUAAAAUUAGGGGAAAAUCGGAAAUUGGCAUUUUUUAUUUCUCAUUCAAGGUCCCUGACGUAAUAUCUGUGAGCCCAGCAUUUGGUCCACGACACGGAAAUACUCUUGUAACUAUCACUGGUGAAAAUCUGGACAUAGGAUCAAAGACGUCUUUGUCAAUGUGUAAAGUGAUAAGGAAAAAUUCGUCAAGUAUUCUGUGUAAAAUGAACGAAUGUCUGGUUGUUCGAACUGGCAGCGAAGGCUUUAAACCUGUAAAACAAUGCCCAUAUUGUGAUGACUUCGUAAUAGAAAUUGACAAUUUCAAAUUUUGGAAUAAAACAUUUUGCUAUAAACCAGACCCCAAAAUAACAAACGUUUCAAGAACAAGCACAAUUAAAAGUGGUGGGUUGAAAUUCAAAAUAUCAGGACGCCAUUUUGAUUCUGUAAACACAAUCGUGUUCCGUACCAUAAUUAAUUCCACAUACGUGAAAAAUACGAAUUGCACUCAGCAUAAUGGUACAGAAGUAUUAUGUAAAACGCCAAACCUAUCAAAUAUUUCCGAAAUAAGACAAGUACAAGUUGUUUUACUUUUUGGAGACGAUGACUUCUAUUGGAAUCCUCAGAAUCCAUAUCAUCUGAAAGUUUACCAAGAUCCUCAUUUUGAGACCCUGAAAGCAUCUCUCUCUAAAGAAGUGUUACACGAUACCCAUCAUUUGGAGCUUAAGGGAAAAUAUCUUGAUGGUUUACAGCCAGAUGAUAUAGAUGUUACCCUAGACGAAAUUAAAUGUCCAGUGAUUAAAAUUCGGUCUUCUUUGUUAACGUGUGAUCUAACGACAGCAAUUAAAAAAUACGACAUUUUAGAAAGAGAUAUGAUGUUCAAAGUGGAGGUUUCAAUCGGAAAUCUUAAAAUUGUACUCGGAGAUAUGACUCUAAAGCACCAAGUCAAACUGCACCUAGCUGGCAACAAGACAAUAAUCCCCGUUUCUUUAAUCAGCUUUUUUAUUGUUCUUCUACUAAUUUGUGCUAUCUGUAUGAAAAUAAAUAGAAUAGGACCAUUUAAACGGAAGGUUCUACAUCAUGAAUCCUCCGUGGUUUUUCAUGCUGAGAAUCACACUGCUCCUGCGUCCCGCAGGCUACUACCGGAUCCGGACCCAGAGAGUAGCACGAGUGCCAGACUAAAUGAUUAUGUCCGAGAUCUCGAUGGCAGAAUAGUUGAAAAACGAUCAUUUGAUGAGACAGACAGCGACUUCAGUGUCACAGUUCAAGUGCUUGAAAAACAAAACCUGCUGAUAGAUGGAGAUAACUUAAGAUUUGAUCGUAACUGCGGUAACUUGGGGAGAGGAAACUUUGGUUGUGUUUAUAAAGCUUUUCUACGAAGACCAGACGAACAUAUUGAACUAACCGUCGCUGUAAAGACAAUCAUAAGAUCCAGCGAUGCUGAUGUGACGGCCUUCUUAAAUGAAGCACUGAUCAUGAAGGAUUUCAACCAUCCUAAUGUCCUCACGUUAAUAGGAAUAACUCUGGACAAAGGGGAGUUUCCAAUGGUUAUUUUACCAUUCAUGAAAAACGGAUCACUAUUGUCGUACAUAAGGAAUGAAGAUAAUAUGCCAACUGUAAAAAUGCUGGUGACCUAUGGUCUUCAUAUAGCCCGUGGUAUGGAGUAUAUGGCUGAAAAUAAGUUUGUCCACAGAGAUUUGGCAGCAAGAAAUUGCAUGCUGGACUCCAACUUCAUCGUUAAAGUGGCAGAUUUUGGGCUGACCCGUGAUGUUUAUUCCAAACAAUAUUACAGCAGUGAAAACAAAGAACGCCUGCCAGUCAAAUGGAUGGCCCCGGAAAGUUUGGAACAAGGAAAGUACUCAGCCAAAUCAGAUGUUUGGUCUUAUGGAGUGUUAUUAUGGGAGUUAAUGACUAGAGGAGCUAUCCCCUACCCGGAAGUUGACAAUUGGGAUGUGUGCACAUACAUUAAAACCGGAAGGCGACUGCAACGACCGGAAUAUUGUCCUCCCCAUUUGUAUCGGCUAAUGAGGAUGUGUUGGCAGGAAAAUCCGAUGCAACGACCUUUCUUUAGUCGACUGCGAGAAGAAAUUGAAAAGUUAUUAGAAAUAAAAGGCAAUAGUAAAAUGGUAGGGGACACUCAGGUUGAUCUGGAGCGCUGUACAAACUAUCAUUACAUGGACGAAGUAAGUCUAGCGAGACAAAGAAGUCUCAGCACUAAGUGGUCUACUUCAUCGGAGGAUGCAGCUCUCUUGUGAGAAGAGCAGCAGAGAGACAAUGGGUUUUAAGGGGUAUGUGGCACAAGAGGAUGAAGAUCCGUGUUUUGUUUACGAUUAUUUAAGUCGUUGUAGGAGUGUUUACUGGGUGAUGAACUGUUUUACAACUAUAACCGGUGUUGUGUUUUUGAGCGA